AGAAGAAGAACUUGAAUGACUGAAUGAUGAAUGAAAUCGAAAUUAAAUCAUUUUUUUUAAAUAUUAUUUUUACUUUGUUACAAAAAAAAAAUGUUGAUCUCAGCGUUCUUGUUUUUACUCGCACACGGUUUUUUCAGCGUUUGUGCAGUCAGGGUGUCAGUGUCCGCGAUAAAGGGAGACUCAGUCACUCUAGAGACUAAUGAUGCAACAGAUAAGUAUAAAAAUAUAAAAUGGUAUUUUAGUGACACUCGCAUCGCUCAAAUCACUGGAGAUCUCAGUAGCUGUACAGAUGUUGAGUGUAAUGAAGGUACUGAGAGAUUCAGAGACAGACUGAAGCUGGAUCAUCAGACUGGAUCUCUGACCAUCAUGAACAUCACAAACACAGACGCUGGACUGUAUCAUCUUGAGAUCAUCAACAAUGGCAGCGACAGUGGAAAGUCCUUCAAUGUUACUGUCAGUGGUCCAUCAGAUCAUCAAAUGAAGAGAAACCCAGUGAAGGAGGGAGAAUCUGGUCUGUCUUCAGCUGCUGAAGGAGGAAUAUAUGCUGUUGUUGGUGUUGUUCUGCUGUUUACGGCUGCAGCAGUUACUGCUGUGAUUUACUGUCGGAAACACCGGAAAUCUACACAAGCAGGACUAAAUGGCAUCAUUAGUCUGCACAGUUACAAUGAGGAGAAUGGUGUUACACACUCGACUCCCUUAUCAGAAUGUGUUUUAACUGAUGACUGCUGAUAAUGGGACAUCACAGUAGCAUGAAUUAUUAUUUGGGUAACUUAGAUGGGAAGUGAAGGAGAGGACUGGAAAAAGAUCACUCUCAGAGAAGUGGGUGUACUCAGUACCAAUUCUGAUGUUUGCUGAUUUGUACUAAAUUAUGUAUAGUUGAAAUGUGGAAACAUACAUUAUUCCUUCUAUUUUGUUUCAACAUAUGUAUUGCACAUUGGAAAGUAAUAUACUGUAAGCAUACUUAAUAUCACUGGUGUCAAAAGUAUUCACAUUCAUUACUCAGGUAGAAGUAUAGAUAUUAGGGUUUAAAAAGACUUCUGUAGAAGUUGAAGUAUCAACUCAAGCUUUUUAUUCAAGUAAAAGUGUAAAAGUACUGGUUUCAAAACUACUUAAAGUAUAAAAGUAAAAGUAAUGUAAGGAAAAAAAUGCCAUUAAGGACAAAAGCUUAGGCCGUGCCACAGGGGCCUAUUGUGCACUACCCCACCUCCUCAAAAAAACAUUUUUCUAAAGGCCAUAAUGACUAUAAUGUUAUAUUAAAAUGUUAAUGUUAAUUGCACUAGGCUACCUGUUUCAGCCGCAUAUAUGCCCAUUCAAAAUGAACGCAUUUUAGUACAAUGCAAAUACAUUAAAGAACCAUAUAUGUGUACUACUGAGCAUUAACGUGUUUCAUGGAGCGGAAGAUAUGAUGACUAGUUGUCUAUAAGUAUUGUAAUGGUGCAAAAAGUCAAACUUCAGAGGAAUGUCAUCAGUAACCUUUAUUGGAAUGUAAAUGUACACCCAAGCUUAGCUGCAGGAAUCUGUGAAGGCAACGGACAAAAAAAUUGCUGUACCCAGGGCAGGCUUAGUAACAAUUACCCUUGUAUGGUUGUCUAUAUACAAUAAACAUUAGUGCUGUCAAAAUUAAUGAUUAAUCCAAGUGAUUAAUCAAAAAAAAUAAAAUAAAUAAAAAAACCUCAAUCCUGGUUUGUACUAUGCUCAAUUCUAUAGCUAAUGGCAACAAUGUCACAUUUAACUAGAAGAUGUAACAAACACUUUGGACUCAAUCCUGUAUGUACAACAACAGGGUACUCUACAUCAGUUACAUUCCGCUCGAGUUCUCUUCUUGAGUCUCUGCCACGGACAUCUUCGUACUUGCCUACAUACGUCUGCUGUGUCCAGUGUUGGGGGUAACGAGUUACAAAGUUAGUACCCUGAUAGCACACGUACAUCUCUGAGACGUCUAUUUGACGUCUGCAUUUACAUCUGCAAGACGUAUUUUUUAGGGUGUUUGCUCAUCUGCAAUACGUCUAUAGGACGUCUCCUUUUAGAUGUCAAAUAGACGUCUAUUAGAUGUCUUUAAGAUGUUUAUGAUUUAGAAUGUAUGUAAAACUGACAUCUUACAGACGUCUGUCAGACGUUUAUAGACAGCAGAUGCUUUCCAGAUCAAGAGAUCUUUAACAGACAUCUUGCAGACGUACAUGUGCUAUCUGGGUAUAGCCUACUUAUCACAACAUUGUCAAUCGCAAACGCUAAUUUAUUCAAACGUCUCUCUACCGAACUACUUACUGUAGCUUAAUUUGCGGAGGACGAAGAAAAAGCACCCGUUUGAUAAAUGAGCCAGUAGUGGAGAAAUAAUAACUUUUAAGAAAUAAUCUUUUUUGAGUAACGACCCCAACACUGGGUCCUUGCUGGAGUGUGACGUGAUUUGUGUCAUGUGCAGAUGCGAUGGAUCGCGUACAAACCAAUAGGGUGUCAGAAUGGUGUAUGUUUAUACUUCUCAUCCAACCACAAUCAAAUUCACUCGAUCCGGAUGGCGCGAUUUAUCUGGAUAGGUUUUUUUUUUUUUUGAACAAUGACAAGCUGGAAUGAAAACAAGCCGAAAUGAAAUACGAGUAACGAGGCUAUUUUUAAAAUGUAAGGAGUAGAAAGUACAGAUAAUGGCGUGAAAAUGUAAGGAGUAGAAGUAAAAAGUCGGCUGAAAAAUAAUUACUCCAGUUAAGUAUAGAUACACAAAAUUUCUACUUAAGUAAAGUAACGAAGUAUUUGUACUUCGUUACUUGACACCUCUGCUUAAUAUACUGUUAUUUUUUUUACAUUCACUUUCUUUGUUCAGUUCCUGUUGCCUUAAGGUGAUGCUCACUACUUUAUUACUUCACAUUAUCUGUCCAUUAUCGAUAUUUCAAUUUAAAAAUGUAAAGUUGUGUUGGAUAUAAGUGUUUGUUAAAUGAUUCGAUGUACAUAUAGAUGUUAUCAGUUAUGUGCUUGGUAUUUUUCUUUUCUUUUUUUUUUUCUUUUGUGUGUGUGUUUGUUUGUUUGUUUGUAUUUUAGAAUAUAAUCACUGUGUGAUUGAAAUGAUAACCUUUGCUUGAAUUUUCUGCAUGCUCAGUCCGGACUCUAUCACCACAUUCCAGGACAGGAAAAGAACAGCAAACAAUUAUAAAGUAUGUCUGACCCCAGUUUUAAACAUCAUCUGUUUGUUUGAAUAAUGGAAGAAAGCUUCUAAUUGUGCAAACAUCUGUUUCGUUCUCAGGUUUAUCCUGUUCGAUGUGGAGUAUGAGAUCUGUUCCCAGAGUCACUUAUUCAGAUAUUAUUUUUUUCUUUUGUAUUAUCCAAGAAAAACGAUCUGUAAAGUGCAGCCUAUAUAACAACUGUUUUGUAAUGGAAAUGAAUGUGAACGAUUUUAGUCUGCACAUUUGACAAAUACUAUUAAUGCUGUAAAGCUGCUUUGACGCUGUAUUUUUUAAAUACUCCUAAUACAUGGAAAAUACAGUUGAAAAUGGACUUUGCUUUUCCAUUUGAAAUUUGGCAGUCGCUGUGCAUUCAUGAAAAUGCAAACAGUAAUGCAAGAUUCACAAUUGUUUGGAUUGUCACAAUUUGUCACAUGUGGAAAACACAAUUGAAAAUAUAAUUUGCAAUUCCUUUUGAAAAUUGCCUGGAAUAUCCUUUCAUAGAUGGGCUCUAUAGCAGAGCACACUGCUCUCAGCUGUAGAUCUUUGCUUCAAAGCUUUCUAAGUGUUUGACGAUAGUUCACCCAAAAAUCACUCACUCUGGUCUGAAAGCUCUCGGAUUUCAUUUAAAAUAUCUUAACUUGUGUUCUGAAGAUGAACGAAGGUCUUACGGGUUUGUAACGACAUGAGGGUGAGUAAUUAAGGACAUAAUUUUUGGGUGAACUGACCCUUUAACUACCCUAAGCAGUGUGCAUCUACUUAGGAGUCUUUAUAUACUUGAUAUAAAUUUUAGGACAUCUUUAAAUAAUUUUGCAUUCUCUUUCUUUUUAAAUUUUAAUUGUUGAUGUCAUUUCAAAUAGUUAAACAUAGUCAAAAUGUAAUGGUUAAACAGACAUGUCAUUCAGAACUCAUUUUCUUAUUGAUUGCAACUGUAUUUCUGUGAUUUUUGCAUUUUCUUGAAAAAAAAAGAAAGAAAGAAAAUUGCAUGUUUGUCAUUGGUACAAAUUUUAACACAUUUGUGAAUGUCAGUCGGCAUUAAAAAUAAUUUUGAACAGUCUAAAUAACCUGUAUUCUUUAUUAUUUAUUAAUCCAUAAUUGUCUUGUUAAGCAUAUGCAAAAUUAUGAGAAUAACCCAGCAAGAAUAAACCAGAAACACAAAAAUGCAAACACGUAUAUGGUAAAAAUGACUAUAUCUUGGGUUUUCUCAGCAGCCUGCUCCUGCUGGGUCAAAAUGUGUAAACCA